ACGAACGUUUGUGUGUGUGUGUGUGUGUGUGUGUGUUGGGGGGGACGGGCCCUGAUCCGGGCUCCCCCGACCCCCAGAGCCGCGGAGCCCCCACGCCAGCCCGGCGCCGCCCUCAGCCGCGGGAGGCCUGGGGCCGCCGGGUGUCGGGUGAGACGCGGAGUGUCCAGGAAGCCGAGUGGCCCAGCAGAACUUGGAAGCCACCAUGGGAGAUGAAGAUUGGGAAGCAGAAAUAGUCAAGCCCCACAUGUCUUCGUAUGUCCCGGUGUUCGAGAAGGAUAGAUAUUCUUCUGGGGCAAAUGGAGACACUUUUAAUAGGACUCCAGCUUCAUCAUCAGAAAUGGAUGAUGGGCCUACUCGAAGAGAUCCUUUCAUGAGAAGUGGAUUCCCUUCUGGGAGGAGUUUGGGAACCAGAGAUGCUGGCGAGUCUAAUAAAAGGGAGGCUACAUCCACAAUGGGUGGCUUUGGAGUUGGGAAGGGUUUUGGCAACAGAGGGUUUUCAAAUAGCAAGUUUGAAGAAGGUGAUAGCUCCGGUUUCUGGAGAGAGUCUAAUAAUGAUUGUGAAGAUAACCAGACACGGAGCAGAGGGUUUUCCAAGAGAGGCGGCUAUCAAGAUGGAAAUGAUUCUGAAGCUUCAGGGUCAUCCAGAAGAGGUGGAAGAGGUAGUUUCCGAGGUUGCCAUGCAGGAUUUGGUCUAGGAAGUCCAAGUAAUGAGUAUGAACAAGAUGAGGGGACACAGCGUUCUGGUGGCCUCUUUGGUUCUAGAAGACCAGCAUUAAGUGACACAGGUAAUGGUGACACUUAUCCAAGCAGAGGUGGUGGUGCAAGUGGGCGAGGUGGUUACAAAGGCUUGAAUGAAGAAGUAGUAACUGGUUCUGGAAAGAAUUCUUGGAAGUCAGAAGCUGAAGGAGGAGAAAGUGGUGACACCCAAGGACCAAAAGUGACCUACAUACCACCUCCUCCUCCUGAGGAUGAGGACUCCAUCUUUGCACAUUAUCAGACAGGCAUAAACUUUGACAAAUAUGAUACUAUUCUUGUAGAAGUAUCUGGACAUGAUGCACCACCAGCAAUUUUGACCUUUGAAGAAGCCAAUCUCUGUCAGACAUUGAAUAAAAACAUCGCUAAAGCUGGCUAUACUAAGCUGACUCCUGUGCAGAAAUACAGUAUUCCUAUUAUAUUAGCAGGACGAGAUUUAAUGGCGUGUGCUCAGACAGGGUCUGGAAAGACUGCAGCUUUUCUCUUGCCAAUUUUGGCUCAUAUGAUGCAAGAUGGGAUAACUGCUAGUCGUUUCAAAGAGUUACAGGAACCAGAAUGUAUUAUUGUUGCACCAACUCGAGAACUGAUCAAUCAGAUCUACUUGGAAGCCAGAAAAUUUUCUUUUGGGACUUGCGUAAGAGCUGUUGUUAUAUAUGGAGGAACUCAGUUGGGACAUUCAAUCCGACAAAUAGUGCAGGGCUGUAAUAUAUUGUGUGCUACCCCUGGGAGGCUGAUGGACAUCAUCAGCAAAGAAAAGAUUGGGCUCCGACAAGUCAAAUACUUAGUUCUGGAUGAAGCUGACCGCAUGCUGGAUAUGGGUUUUGGACCAGAAAUGAAGAAAUUAAUUUCUUGCCCCGGGAUGCCAACAAAAGAACAGCGCCAAACACUUAUGUUUAGUGCAACUUUCCCAGAAGAAAUUCAGAGGUUGGCUGGAGAAUUUUUAAAGUCAAAUUAUUUAUUUGUUGCUGUUGGACAAGUGGGUGGAGCAUGCAGAGAUGUUCAGCAGAGUGUUCUUCAAGUUGGCCAGUACUCAAAAAGAGAAAAACUUGUUGAAAUCCUACGAAACAUAGGUGAUGAAAGGACUAUGGUCUUCGUUGAAACUAAGAAAAAAGCAGAUUUCAUUGCUACUUUUCUUUGUCAAGAAAAAAUAUCAACUACAAGUAUUCAUGGUGAUCGAGAGCAAAGAGAGAGAGAACAAGCUCUUGGAGAUUUUCGCUGUGGAAAGUGUCCAGUUCUUGUUGCUACUUCAGUGGCUGCCAGAGGACUGGAUAUUGAAAAUGUUCAGCAUGUUAUAAAUUUUGAUCUACCGUCUACCAUUGAUGAAUAUGUUCAUCGAAUUGGGCGUACUGGUCGUUGUGGAAAUACUGGAAGAGCUAUUUCCUUUUUUGAUCCUGAAUCAGAUAGCCACUUAGCACAACCUCUUGUGAAAGUACUCUCAGAUGCUCAGCAGGAUGUUCCAGCAUGGUUGGAAGAAAUUGCAUUUAGUACAUAUGUGCCUGGCUUCAGUGGGAGCACAAGAGGAAAUGUGUUUGCAUCAGUUGAUACCAGAAAGAAUUUCCAGAGCAAGAACACCUUGAACACAGGAGGAUUUUCUUCUUCACAAGCUCCCAACCCAGUAGAUGAUGAGUCAUGGGAUUAACACUUAGCCAACCUUCACAUUUGUGGUAUCAUUUUGAUGGAAAGAAGAAAAUAGUUUUGAUUUUUGAGUUUUCAACAAAAUUGUGUAACCUGGUACUCUCUGGUAGUCGUCCUUUUGUUCUCAUUCCCACCCUUAAAGAAAUCUUAUUGACUAGUUCAGUGAAAUGCUGAAAGUUGACAACAUUGCAGUUACUGAUACGGUGUUAACUGGGAAAGAUUAAAGCAUUCCAAAUGUC